AUGGAACAGAACGCCUAGUAUCUCUUCGGUUUGGUCACACGUAUUAGUAAAACCUGAAAACUUCAAACACAAUCGUUACCUAGGAAAACCAGAGAAGCUCUAAUAAUCGGUGACAGUAUCUCCGUUUUGUUAAUGGCAACUUUGUACGGAAGACUAAGUAGGAGAAACAUAUUCCAUCAACUACCUCGUAUCCGCUAUUGUCAUGCAUCAGCUUCUCCAACCCAUAACUACAAUAACUCGUCACCGUUAAACCGAUCCAACAAAAAAAUAUCGAAUCUGAUUCGAAGUGGUAGACUAAGCGAAGCGAGAGCACUAUUUGAUUCCAUGAAGCACCGAGACACCGUUACUUGGAAUUCCUUGAUUACUGGGUACGUGCAUCGGAGAGAGAUCGCCAGGGCGCGCCAACUGUUCGACGAAAUGCCCCGAAGGGAUGUUGUGUCUUGGAACCUCAUUGUUUCGGGUUACUUUUCGUGUCGCGGAAGCAGGUUUGUGGAGGAAGGAAGAAGGCUGUUUGAGCUGAUGCCCCAGAGAGAUUGUGUCUCUUGGAACACGGUCAUCAGUGGGUAUGCUAAGAAUGGAAGGAUGGACCAGGCUUUGAAGCUCUUUAACGCCAUGCCAGAGCGUAAUGCUGUGUCCUCCAACGCUGUGAUCACUGGGUUCUUGCUGAAUGGUGAUGUGGAUUCAGCUGUUGAUUUUUUCAGGACGAUGCCUGAGCAUUAUUCAACCUCACUCAGUGCUCUUAUAUCGGGGCUUGUUAGGAAUGGUGAAUUGGAUAUGGCUGCUGGGAUUCUGUGUGAAUGUGGGAAUGGGGAUGAUGAUUUGGUGCAUGCUUAUAACACCCUGAUUGCGGGUUAUGGCCAAAGAGGGCACGUGGAAGAGGCUCGGCGCCUUUUUGAUGGGAUUCCAGAUGAUCGCAGUGAUGGUGAUGGAGGUCAAAGGAGAUUCAGGUGAAAUGUGGUCUCUUGGAAUUCGAUGAUGAUGUGCUAUGUGAAAGCGGGAGAUAUAGUUUCUGCCAGGGAACUCUUUGAUAGGAUGGUGGAGCAGGAUACGUGUUCUUGGAACACUAUGAUCAGUGGCUAUGUUCAAAUCUCCAACAUGGAAGAGGCUUCAAAGCUUUUCAGGGAAAUGCCAAUUCCUGAUGUACUUUCAUGGAAUUUGAUAGUAUCUGGGUUUGCACAGAAGGGUGACUUGAAUCUUGCAAAAGAUUUCUUUGAGAGGAUGCCACUCAAAAAUCUGAUCUCAUGGAACUCGAUAAUAGCUGGCUAUGAGAAAAAUGAAGACUAUAAGGGGGCUAUUCAGCUAUUUUCUCGCAUGCAAUUUGAGGGAGAGAGGCCAGAUAGACACACAUUAUCUUCAGUUAUGAGUGUGUGUACUGGGUUGGUGAAUCUUUACCUUGGUAAGCAGAUACAUCAGCUUGUCACAAAGAUUGUCAUUCCAGAUUCACCAAUAAAUAAUUCCCUAAUUACCAUGUACUCGAGAUGUGGGGCAAUAGUUGAUGCAUGCACUGUAUUUAAUGAGAUAAAGCUUUAUAAAGAUGUGAUCACUUGGAAUGCAAUGAUUGGAGGCUAUGCAUCUCAUGGCUUAGCUGCAGAGGCCCUAGAGCUUUUCAAACUGAUGAAAAGGCUUAAAAUUCAUCCUACCUAUAUAACCUUUAUUUCGGUUAUGAAUGCAUGCGCCCAUGCAGGAUUAGUUGAAGAAGGAAGGAGGCAAUUCAAAUCCAUGAUUAAUGACUAUGGUAUUGAGCCACGGGUUGAGCACUUUGCCUCCCUUGUGGACAUCUUGGGACGGCAAGGGCAGCUUCAGGAAGCUAUGGAUUUGAUAAAUACCAUGCCAUUUAAACCAGAUAAGGCUGUGUGGGGUGCACUACUAGGUGCUUGUAGAGUGCAUAAUAAUGUAGAAUUGGCCCUAGUAGCAGCUGAUGCUUUGAUCCGACUUGAACCAGAAAGUUCAGCACCAUAUGUGUUGUUAUAUAAUAUUUAUGCUAAUUUAGGACAAUGGGAUGAUGCCGAGAGUGUGAGAGUGUUGAUGGAAGAAAAGAAUGUCAAGAAGCAAGCAGGGUAUAGUUGGGUAGACUGAUUGCCAAUGAGAACUUCGCUGUUUUUGAAGGACUUCAAUCAGCAAUAUAUGUCAGAUCAUGCCAUUGUUAGAGAUGCUUGCAUUCAACUUAACCAUGUUUAUACUGUCAGAUAGGAAAAAUGAUCUUGACUGGCUAAGUAUUGAUGUAAAAUUGUAACCGUUGGUUUGACAAUUGACAUGGAAGAAAUUGUCUUCUGGCAAACAUUCAGAGAUCAAUUCGCUGGUGUCAACAGUACGUGAUUUCAACCUUGGAUGGCUGGAAGAUUGGAGAUCAAACUUCAAAUCCCAACCCAUGCAUCGAUUUAGAGAUGCAGAAUGUCAUGGCAUUGGACCAAGAAUGGAGUGCUCCGGGUUAUCACUGGACACUGGAGAAUGGAGACAGCUGAAGUUGCCUGUGGAGCAUGGUACAAGGUCACAGUGACAGGAUCUACAAUCUAGAUUUGCCAGCGUAUAAAAUGGUAGAACUUUAUAUGGAGGGCAAUGAACAAUUUUCUUCAACUAGGUUCAUUCUUUUGGUAGAGAAAAAGUUGCAAGAUAACUACUCUGUCCUCGAUGUUAUUUCUGGGAAAGUAUCCCGACCAAAUACUACUAUUCCCGUAUCAAUGAAGUAUGAUGAGACUGAAUA